AUUAUAUCUGUUAUACACAGUACGUAGAAUAUGUUUAUCUAUAGAAAGUCUUCUGACAUCUAACGCGCAAACUUUAUUUAAUAUCUUCUAUCUAUAUGUCUCUCUAUACACACGAUAUAACGUAUCACCAGAAAAUGAAGGUCAAGUUCUGUUUAAUUGUUUGGCUUUUGAUUCUCUCUUUGGCGAUUUGGUCAUACGUCGUUUUAGCUCAAUCAUACAAGUCCAAAGAAGAAAACAUAGCAGAAACGAUUCACAUUCGGAAGAUGAUGAAGAUCGGAGCACCUCGGAGUAAAUCACCACCCGAUCGCCAAUGGGGUGGGAGUGACUCGUCUCAAUCCCCAGGCCCAAGCGUAGUCUAAGGCGUCAGUCACAUAUAUGUUUUUAUAUUAUUUUUAUUUUGGUAUGAAACUUAUAUAUAGAGUUUUGAUGUUUUGAUUCUUCUCUGGACUCCCUAAUUUUCUUUAUUUUGUUUGUCCUCCGUAAACAUAUUUUACUCUUGAACUGUUUAGUUUAGUCAAA